UGACACGAAAUUUUUAAUAAAAUAGUGUUGUGCUAAGAUAUGGAUCAGGAUAACUUUACAUUUUAUCAUUAAUGGCUUCAUCAGUGCAAAGUAAUAGACCUUCAACGCCAAACUAUUGCGGAUGUUGGAGGACAUGCAACAUGUGGUGCUGGAGAGCCUUCAAAUGGCUCCCAGUGCUCCUGAUCGUUUCCAUUGUAACUUGGUCUUAUUAUGCUUACGUUUAUCAGUUGUGCUUUUCUACAAUUAAAAGUGCAGUACAGCAAUGGGUAUACCUAGUGAUAUACCAUGUUCUAUUAAUAAUGUUCGCUUGGUCCUAUGGGAAAACAAUAUUCGCGAAUGUUGAACAAAUACCAAGCAAAUAUUUCCUUACGGGAGCAGAGUUGGAGAAACUACUUAGUGUAGAUACUGAAGAAGAGCAGAGAACAAUAAUUGAAAACUUUGCAAAGGACCUUCCCAUUGUGACUAGAACAAUGUCGGGUUCGGUCCGCUACUGCAACCGUUGUCUGCUCGUCAAGCCUGACCGAGCUCACCACUGCAGCAUCUGCUCGAGAUGUGUACUUAAAAUGGACCACCACUGCCCUUGGGUUAACAACUGUGUGUGUUUCCAAAACUACAAGUUCUUUAUGCUGUUCCUGGCUUACGCACUACUGUAUUGCCUGUUCAUCAUGUCUACAUGUUUGCCAUAUUUCAUCAAGUUUUGGAAGGGUGAAAUGAGCACAGCGGGCUCCCCCGGAAGAUACCACAUAGUGUUCGCUUUCUUUGUCGCACUCAUGUUCGCUAUCUCGCUCGGUUCCCUCUUCGGAUACCACUGCUACCUCGUCGCACAUAAUAGAACAACAUUAGAGGCGUUCCGUGCGCCGAUGUUCCGCGGUGGCGCCGACAAGAACGGCUUCUCACUCGGUGCCUUCAAUAAUUUUAAGGAGGUGUUCGGCAAGCGGCCCAACCUGUGGGCGCUGCCCAUCUUCACCAGCGUCGGCAACGGGUGCGAAUAUCCUGUACGGCGCGAGCACCAGCUGCAGACGUUCGCGGCGGCGGCGGACGCGCGGUACGAGUCCAUGGGGACCACGCGUUCCAGUUUCGGGGACGGCAUCGUGUUCCCUUUGCCGAAAGAAGACGAAGACACGGAGUCUCUGCUGAGCUCGGAGCGAUGGGAACGCUGGGGCGAGCGGGCGCGUCCGUUCGACGAAGCCGACGGCUCGUCCAUCGAGGAAAUUUAACUUAAGACGACUGAAAAAUGGCAAUACUUGAACUGUGAAUGUGGAAGAAUUGUGACACCGUUAAAUUUUACUCUAAGGGAAUACAGAACUGAGAGCGGUCAUGCGUUAGGCUGACCCCUCGUUAGGCACGCGAUUUCCUCGUUCUCUCUCUCUCUCUCUCUCGUCCUCGAACCGCGACGCGAGCGCCGCACGCCUAAUGUGGGGACGCCUUAAAACGUUCUGUGUUGACCGUGUCGAUGCCUUCUGUAUAUCUAUGUACCUAACUUAAUAUUAAAACAAUGAACGCAAAACAACCAGUGUUGCAGCAUAUUUUUGGCGAGCGCGGUUACACCAUAAAGUGAAUAUACCUAGCGAAAUAGAGCUACAAUCUCGAGCUGU